UUUCUUGCCUGGAUAAUAUUCUCCAACAACUUGCCCGGGAUGGAAGUUCUACGUGUUCUUUGUCUUUCUGUUUUAUUUUUGGAGCUUGGGGCAGCAAGUGGGAACUUGGAGCAAAGGUUGAUUUUCAUAUUACUUGAUGGAUUAAGAUAUGAUUAUAUCGAUAGUGUAUAUACACCUAACAUGGACGAAAUGGCAGCACAAGGGGUAAAAGUAGACUAUCUUACCAAUGUAUUUCCAACUUUCAUACCAAGCAAGAUAUCGUUGGUUACAGGUUUGUAUCCAGAAAGCCAUGGUCUGGUCCAUAACCACAUGUACGAUAGUGUCCAUAACUCGUACGCAAUGACUGCCAACAAAAAUGAUUCCUAUUGGUGGAACUCCGGUAUCGCUGAACCUAUUUGGGUUACGGCUCGGAAACAGAAGAAAACGAGUGGAUCCAUCGAUUAUAUUGGGGGAUUUGCAGAGUUCGGUGGUGUUCGACCAAACAAGUUUACUGACAAUCCUAUAGCAGAACUUAGGUCAAAAAUUGACACAGCAAUAAAUUGGCUCAGGGGUGGAAUGGAUGUUGUAGUAGUAGAAUGGACUUACCUUGAUGUUGUAGGACAUAUGUUUGGGCCAUUGUCCACCCAAGUUGGAGACGGUAUUAAAAAAUGUGACGAAAAUAUUGGUUAUCUACGACAAAAAAUCCGAGAGUUUGGACUCGAAGACCAAGUAAAUAUCAUUAUUGCAGGUGAUCACGGAAUGACAGAGGUCUCAAAUAAUAAUGUGAUUAACCUCAGUGACAUCAUCGAUCUGGACAACACAAUAGCGUACAUCGCAGAAAGCCCAAUAGCAAUGAUCUUGCCGAAAGACGGUUUUUUGGAAACUAUGUACAUUCAACUUAAGAAUGCGCACCCAAAUAUGACCGUGUACAAGAAAGAGGAUAUUCCAGAGUAUUAUCAUUAUCGUGAUCACUAUAGGAUCCUUCCGAUAGUUGCUAUUGCUGAUCUCCCGUGGAUCAUUUUAGCGAAUGGUACCGACGUCGGCCAAAUGGCAGAUCACGGUUUUAACAAUGAGGAAAUUUCAAUGAAAUCGAUGAUGUUGGCAGAAGGUCCAGCGUUCAGAAGCAACUUCUCCGUUGAAUCUUUAAACGCAAUCGAUAUGUACGAGCUAAUGUGUAAAAUAUUACAUUUGAAGCCGGCUCCAAAUAAUGGAUCAUUAGCGAAUAUCCAAGAGAUUUUAGUUGAACCAUCGUCUGCAACUGCAUGCGGUAUUUACACACUUCUAUAUCCUAUAUUAUUCAUUUUGCUUUCACUGACUAAGAACUAAUGGAAUACUGUGCAGAGGGUGAUGUGUGGCACUCGCCCUUCGCCAGCAGGGUUGGCACCAAUGGGGAGACCUUCCCCCCUCGGGCAAAUCCUGGCGCCACCCCUCUCGACGGGAGCCACAAAGAACACCAACCAAGUUUAACGAGAUUGAACUCUAGGCUUAAAACGUCCAAUAGCAUAACCUCCACAAUAGGUAAACUUCGGACCGUAAGUCCCGUCAUCUCCUGGCAUUAAUUCCGCUCAGUGAGUUGGAAAGACAAAAAUGACCAUGUGUUUUUACUUGUAUAAAGAUUUAUUUCCGCAAUCACAAUUUUCGCACCAUUCGACCGCUCCCACUCCCCUUUCUACCGGCGAAACCAGCCUAGUACGCCCCUGUGUAACUUUGAAAGUUAGUGUGACUACGGGGAAGAAAAAUGUAAAUUGUAAAAUACAUUUUUUAUUAUUUCGUGAGCAGCCAGCUAAGUAAAUUGUUUAAGGUAACAGUAUUAUUUUGGUCUUACGUGUAUCAUUGUUCUAUCUGACUAGAUACAGUAUUAUCAAAGUCUUUAAUUAAUAUUACUGUAAUAUACAGAAUAAAUGUAGGUGCAGAAAAAAAAA